AUCGAGUCUGCGCAACAAUCAAGUGGUAAUCCCUCAGAUGAGGCACUUUCUAUUUAUAGAAAACGGACGUGGAUUGGUUGUAGACAGAGUCCAUUCGGCAGGGUUGCUAGAAUGUCGAAUGAGGGCGACGUAAAAUUCAUAAAGUGUGUGGUGGUAGGGGACGGGGCCGUGGGUAAAACGUGUAUGUUAAUGAGCUAUGCCACAAACAAGUUCCCCACGGAGUACGUUCCCACGGUGUUCGACAAUUAUGCAGUUAACGUGAAAGUAAAGGAACAAGACUACCAGUUAGGACUGUUUGACACGGCAGGUCAGGAAGAAUACCAAGGACUGCGUCUACUGUCGUAUCCAGGAACUCAUGUUUUUCUCAUGUGCUUCUCUAUUGUAAUGCCAGAAUCCAUGAAGAAUUUAGAACUAAAAUGGAUUCCGGAAGUGAGGCACCAAGUGCCCGCAGCAGCCUAUAUCUUAGUGGGCACUCAGGUUGACUUGAGAGACGAUGAAAAAAUAGGUCAGAAACUACAAAAACGGCGGCAGAAACCGGUGACUUUAGAAGAAGGACAAAAGUUAGCGAAACGAUUAAACUGUGACUGUUACGUUGAAUGUUCAGCGUUAACACGACAGGGCCUAAAGGACGUCUUUGACGAAGCGCUCAUAUCGGUUCUAGAUCCCAAAGUGAAGAAGAAAACUUCGUCUGGCAGGAGUUUUAAAUGUGCAAUUCUGUGAUAAAGCUUUGUUUUAAAUGCAUAAAUAAUAUGUAGAAAUUACUUUCGACUUCCGCGUAGCUGGUUUACAGUGCUGAAAUAUAAAUACUACUUAGUGAUUUCAAUAAUAAUUAUUUAGUGCCUUCAUCAUUUGCAGUAGAUCAAGUAAUGUUUCAGACACAUUUAGUAAUAGUUUUCUCUGUUUCUCGGCAUAAUACACUUGUACAGUGUUUAUUACAUGUGGAUUUCUUUACAAUAUAUUUUAUAUUUAUUUGGAAGUUUGCAUUAGAUAUUUAUCUUCGUUGUUGAGUAAAACCUUGAAUGUUUUACAACCUGUUAGCUAUGAAAGAAAUUUUAACGAAGACGUACCCAAUACAUACAUGUGAUUGUCUCAAUUGAUAAUGGCCCAAUUUUUAUACUCUAACAUGUUAUCAACAUUUGAAUUAAUUAGUAUUUUAUUGCUUCCCCCACUCUGUCCGAUCAGACCCCCUAGUGUAUUCUCCGUAGACCCCUCCGUGUACACCGCUUCCUCUCAAUGUCUUCCUUUCCUGAGCAGAUUUUGUUAUGUUUUAUCACAAUUUAUGAAGUGUUCAUCAUUAUUUUAUUUUAUGAAUAUUGAUGUUAAUGAUGUAAGUUUUACUUAUUACCAUGCAUUUUCAAAUUAAAUUAUAUAAGGUUA